AUGGAAGAAGUCUCUAGUACUAGUUCUCUUCCAGACUCAUCAUUCCAGUCCUCCAUUGACAACAAGAUUGAAAAGCUCUUAGAUAUUCCUUUCCACACAAAAGUUGCAAACAAUCUCAAGUCAUUAUAUAGUUUUGAUAGAGAAUGA